CAGAAGUCGCCUCGAAAAGAUUUUAGAGGGGUCGGUCUCGCUUUACAAGAAUCAUCCCACAGGGUAUUAUUCAAAGUUUCAUGAAAAAAUUCAUGGCCAGUAGAACGGCGCAGCAGUUGCGGAAUAGCACUUCGAAAAUUCGUUUGCAACUCGUAGUAGCGGACCGAUUCGCUGGUUUCCGUACUUCUGACGUCGAUCAUUGCAAGAAAGUCGCACUUUCGUUUCGCCGAUGUCGUUGAACACAACACCUUUUACGUGGCGCAGUUGAGAAUCACGCUGAUCGACCUGACAACACUGCAGUGACCUCCAUCAACGCCUAACAAACUGAGGAAAAGGACGACAUGGAGGUCAACCAUAGUUAAUCCUUUGAUUAUUCCGCUCAACGACUGAUCCACGAAGAAGAUCAGCAUGAUUGUUGAUCCUUUCCUGUACUUGUCUGUAUAGAAGCACAGAGUGCGACAUACGCAAAAAUGUCUUCGAUGGAUGACAUCGACGCAGGGCUGGAGGAGUUAGACGCCUACCUCCAAGACGACGAUGACGACGACGACGCGCAAUUUGUUACGCCGGGUAAGACUCACGGAACGUCCGAAUUCGGCACUCCGGGUAUAGAGUUAGAUCGAAACUUUUGCUUUUGUUGUACUAGAUUUCUUAGGCUUCUAUGUAUUUCGGACUUUGUCAAUGACAUGCAUGCUGAGAUGUGUUUCAGGUGAACUACAGCCACCAGAAUCUCUGAGUCCGCCGGGUGCGGUCCCGCGGUUUCCAGACGACCGGACGCCGGAAGUCACGAGUACGGGAAAGACCGAAGUUAUCGGUGGCAGUAGCAGUAGUACCAGCCCUUAUCCUUAUGGGCGUCAUCAUGUUGAUCAAGAUCAUGAGGUGACCGGAGUACAAGCAGAAGGCUCAUCAUCAUACGAGCAGGACGCGAAUGGACCCCGACAUGGACAUCACUGGCGAGGGGAAUACAAUCAGGUGGAAAAGGAAGAUGGUCAAGCUGCAGAAGAAUUAUAUGGUCAAGCUGCAGAAGAUUAUUAUUCUUCUCGUCACGAGGACUCUCACGACGCCUACUGCAGCCAAGGAGAUGGGACGAUCGGGACGCCUGGUCCGGCGCCAUCGAUGCCGACGAUCGGGCCGGGGCCCGCGCCGCCCUUUGGCGCGACGCCUUCGUCCUUAGGCGACGAGGGGAGCCCAGAACGAGAACCGCGCGCCACCCCCGAGAUGUUUCCGAGAGCAAGACGAUUUUCCGACCUCGAUUUCCCGCCAUUGGACUUGCGGAACAUGCAUACGGUGCCGGCAGACCAUAACGAGAGUCCCGCAACGCAGCCUGCGAGUACGAACCUGACUGGUCGUGGUUCCGAUGCCCAGGACCGGCUAGCCGAUGUAGAGGCGGAAGUAACGACUUCUUGUUUAUACGCAGGAGGACCUAGAAGUACUACCAGUUCCACCGGAGUGGGACAGGAUCAUGAAGUUGUAACUCAAGAUGUAGGUUGUAGAACCUCUUGUGCUGAAGAUACGACUUCUAGCGACCAUGUGCAUGACAUCGACACCUCUCUUCAAGCUCAUGACCACGACCAUCAACAUCAACCAUCUUCAACUCAAGUCGUGCCGCCUAUGAACGUGGUGAAUUUGGGAGGCUCAGCAAGAGAGCGGAGUCCCGAAGAGCAAGCGUCAGAUGGGGAAGAUAGUUCGCCUGGGGGCCAUAGUCUCGACUUAUCGGAUGACGACGAGGACGAAGAGGCGCCAACGUUCACUGUUGCGGGAGACAGAAGGCCGACUACAGCAGUAAACAUGGAUGCUGAAGAAGCAACGUCCUCAGAGCUGAGAAAUCCGCAAGAGGCAUCUGCACCUUCAGCUGCGGAAGAAGCCGUACAGCAGAGCGACAGCAAUAAUAUGAUUGCAGGUCGUGGUCCUUCGACGACGGAGACAAGUAGUAGCAGUAGUGCGAGAGCGAGUGUGCCAAGAGGUGGAGGUGAUCUUGAUCAGGAUAGAUCACCACAGCAGCAACAGCUGCAUGGACCACUUCUAGAGAUGGAUAAUGCAACUAGUAGUCAGCACGCUCCUCCUGUUCCUUGCUCACCCGAUGAGCGAACGAAGGAGGGUGAGCGAACCAAGGAGUACUAUCAGCAAAAGCCCGUCUAUUCCCCUUUGACGCCUGCUCCACCGUUGCCAGUGGGUGAGGAAACGGCAGGCCCUAGUACGACGCAGAUACAUCACAACAACAACGCGUCACGAGAGCGGGAUGAUCCUGAGGUGGUACUCGCGAGUUCGACCUUCAACGCCAUGCUUGAGGAAGAAGAGAGCGCGGAGCUCCUAGAAUCACCAUUUGACAACUUCACACCUGACGACGCCUUAGCUUUGGAUCAGCAUAGGCAAAAUGCUUCCUCUUCUAGUAGAGCAGGUGGAAGUGGUUCAACAUCUAGUAGAGCUGCGACGAGAAGCGCUUUCUCAAUGCAGAAUCCUGAAGCAGCUGAUCCGGGUGGCUAUUGCGGUGAAGAUGUAGACCCUGACCUGGACGAUGAGGCACCUCAAGCAGAUGAACCAAGGGUAUCUUCUGAUCAGGACAGAAGCAGCCAACAUCAACUAGAGGAUACCAGCAGCGGAGGUGGUACGAUGGUACCUUACCCAGGUGAUCGUGAUGUGACUGCGCAGGAAGAUGAAAUGGCGGAGCCAAGAACGGGAGAAGGGCCACCCCCGGCAGAAGAAACUUCCCUUCAGACUGACUGCGAGGACGAGGAACCUGGAACGACUGCUGGCGAGACUGGAAGCAGGUGUGAAGAUCAUGAUCCUCAGCAGUUACAGGAACAAGAAGACCCCAUUGACGCGGCAUUGCGAAAGACAAUUAUUGCAGCGCCUAUCGUAGUGCCCAUGAUAGUUUAAGGCUUCCCCGAAUUCAUCUCAAAAUGCAUCUUUGACGUCUUUUCAAGGGGAAGAUGGGCAAAGAUGCUCCUCAAGAUGAAUGUAAUGGGUAAGGUCGUCUAAAUAGUGCCGCCAUCUUCUACUGCAGCUUCACGAGAACAGGAACAGGAUCAUGCAGAACCGCCGUCAUUUAAGGGUUUCGAAAUUACACCCUCCACUAACAUCCUUGACCUAGUAUUUUCCAGUAGAAAAAACGUCAAGGAUGUUCUGAGGCAUGUACUAAUUUUGCAACUUCUAAGUCAUCAUCCUCCGUGAGUAAAGAUAGUGCAGCAAACGUGAAGCAUGGAGAUGGUGCCGCUGACAUAGCGGACGGCAGUACCAGUGCUGAGGACCACCCGCCACCUGACCAAAGACCUGCGCACUUGGCGCUGAGUCAGGUAGUGUCGCAGCAACACGCGAGAGAUAUGCCAAUACCAGACUCCCUGAGUGCGUCGUUGCGAGAUGACGCUCCGACUCCAGGUACGUUAAGCACCUAUACUUCGAGAAGCACCUAUACUUCGAGUUUCUCAUAAAAUCUGAAAUGCUCCUGUGAUUUCUUGAAGAUGAAUGUUUUUGCAGCUCAUUGGGUUAUCCCCUUGGGUCUGGUCUCAAAGCUGAUUUGGUAGGUCAGAUCGGAGACAUAUGACAUGACCGUCUGUUCUUCCUCUCGAGAACAACGUCCUCCUCGUGCUCAAGAUGAUCUAGGUUGGCUAAACAACGUACAUUACAUACAUCUUACAUGAAUUUGAAUGGGCUCUUCAGGUCUUCAGCUUGUUAACGAGCAAGCGUCGUGGAACGAACAUGCAGAGGAGGUCAGAAAUCUACGAGCAGCACUGGAGGAGUCGAGGAGAGAAGCGCAGAAGUACCAGCGCGACGCCGAAGACCGAGCAGAGGAGCUUGCGAGGGCUUUAGUCCAGGAGGAACAAGUGUAUCAGCCAAGUUUGGCGAGGCUAGAGACCGAGCUAAAGAAAGCCAGAGACGGGCAGCAGCUUUACAAGGUAUGACUCACUUCGACGAAUGAUAGAUAGGACUCAGGGUAGUUCAUUCAGGGUAGUUCUCACUUGAAGAUAGUUCUCUCUUGAUAGACCUAUCAUCUUGAUGGUUCUCUUUUGAUUGUUCUUUCUUGGUACUAGAUGUCUCCAGAUAGGUAGAUCUCUCUUGAUGAUGGAAAGGAAAUAACAAUCUUGUUGGGAUGGAAAAAUAGUCUUCUCUGAAAGUUGAUGGAACCAACAAUGAAACCUUGUUGCAAUGUCAAUAUGAUCGAAAAAUACGUCUAGUACCCUUUGGUCCCUUUUCUGCGCAGGAACAAGCGCAGCUUUCGUUAGCGCGGAUGCAAGAGGAAAUUACCUCGUUGCAUGCCGUAAUUGAAGACGUCCGACGAGAGGCAGAGAGCGCGCGGAGAGACGUGCAGCAGCGUGAGCAAGGGAUAGAGGAGCUUCGCGCGAAGUUGCAGCAAGAAUGUGCUCAGGCGGUGGAGCAGACGCGCCAGGCAGAGCAGCAGCGUGCAGAGCAGACCUGGGGUGUAGAGGUGCAGCGGCUCCGCAAUCUUUUAACUGAGACAGAGCAAGAGAGUGCGCAAGCAGUCGAGCGGCACCGCACAGAACUUUAAGACUCAAUGCAACAAUUCAUUUCUACAAGAACGUUUCAUACUGAUCUUAUUAUGGUAGUGUGAUAAGCAGUGGUGUGAGAAAUAAUGCGACGGAGGGUUUUCAAUGUGCUUCGUCUUACAACUUGGCAUUCUUCUUUCAUCUUUGUUUCCUUCUAAGAAUUGGGAGAGCAUGCACGACGCAACAGCGAGGCAUUGGAGCAGCAGGGACAGCGCCAGGAGCAGCUGCGUGCGGAGCUGGAGGCUAGGCAGCAAGCACAAGCGAACGAAGCACAGCAACAGUUGCGUGAGGAGGCUUUGCGAUCGCUGGCAGAGCUAGAACAGCGCAAAAACGAGGGACUCGCCAUUCUGCAGAACGAGAGAGACGCGCUUGGGAACAGCUUAGCGGAAACGCGUUUCGCACUAGACGAAACGCAGAGACAACUCGCGUUGCGCUGCCCCCCAACUGCGGAAUCCGAAACCCAAGCCGAUGCGCCUCCGCAGUUUGGCGACGAAAGGGAAGAAAACUUCAAAGAAGAUUUCAUGUUGCUCGUUCGCACAGAUCCAGGCAGGUACUUCCUUCUUUUUGAGUAAUAACGUUUCUUGUAGUUGCAUCAAAAUCAAUUUCAUGCUUUGCUCUUCUUCUUGUUAGUUUAACAGUAUAAUUUAUGUACAAGAGACGCAUACACAAUGCAAUGUGGUGCAGUAUUUUUGUGAACAUCACUUGCUUCCUAGGAGUAAGAGUGCCGUCAUCACAAUAUUCUGACCAUAUCGAAGGUUGCUUCGUCAAUACCCCGACCUCGAGGAUGGGAAAAUGGGUGGCACCUAUGGCGUCGCGGUUCAUUAUUUGCUAAAGGAGAAGGAGACAUUUUUGUCCCAUUAUGAAAUAUUGGAUAUGCUCCACCAUUCGCUGUCUGCGCCCUCAACGUCUCGACAGCCGUCAUCGUCGGCAUCGUUUCUCGCUUCCCCGGAAAAGACGGUAGGGCAGACGCUAGCGCGGGAGCUGCAAGCCGUUGCUAUGGCCAGGGGGCCAGAGGAUGAUGGGGAAACUGGUAGUAACCUAGACAUUGAAUCACAACAGAGUUUUUUUUAUCGAAAGAGUUUUCUAUCGUCAAUACUUUCUUAGUAAUACUUUCUUAGUAAGAAGCCAUCAGAGCUAGGACAUAAUCACUCACAACGUAUUCCCCUUCAUGUUUAAUAAUGUCCAUUUAUGUUUUAUCAGAACCAAGCCUGUCGAUGGUAGAUCCGAUACAGGCAGCGGAGGCUGUUCCAGACCCGGAUGCGUUGUGGUCUGAGGUAAUUGAGUUUGCAAGUCUCUUAUUUUUUUUUUGUCUACAGAGGUCUACACCUGAUCAUUUGCGCUCACGACGUAGAAUACUUUGUUCACUAAGAACUCGUCAGGGAAAUCUUAGGCAUCUUGCCGAAUAGAUUCAAAUACAUCUAAAGCCGUGAGCUCGCUCCUGUUUAGCGCUUAGAAUUAGUUUUGGUUUAUAAUAUAGAUAAUUACAGCAUUUUGGCCAGCACUCAUCAUCUCGUUCUAAUAUGACCUUCGAUCACGAAAGGUGUUAUUUUUCCAAGAGCGCAGCAUUAAGAGUUUGUUGAGUCGUGUACGCGAUUUGGAGGUGGACAAGGGUCUCCUCGAGAGGCGUGCGAAUCUAGGAUCCGACUUCACGAAACUAGGAAAGUUGCACGAAUCAGAGCGAUAUGUGCGGGACUUGCUGAUUCAAAUUCGGCUAUUGCAAGAGCAGCUUUCACGAGCGGCGACGUCUUCUUCUAGUGUUGAAAACGGAGAAGGCCUUUCUUCGGUAAUAGACUUAAGGUCAUACGACCGUAGGUGCAUCCUCAACAGUAUCCCUGACCCUUUUCCUAUGGGAAAGUACGACCAGGGAUGCUCUGGAGAAUGCGAAGGCGGAAGUUCUAAUAGACCAUGACUCACAACAGCACAAUAUCGCAGCUCUUGGACUUUCAGGACUUGGAGGAGGCAGUGUGGUAUCUUCCGCGCCAGGAGGAGGCAACACGGCCUCAGGAGGCUCGCCAGAGGUGCAAUUGUUAGGAGGAGCAUCGAUGGUGCAAAGGAACAGUGGACACGGAUCAGUCGGUUCUUCCGUAGUUUCGAGUAGAGCAGGGAGUCGCUCUGCUGUACAGAAUCCUUCAGGGAGUCCAUUCGACAGUCCGCCAGUUCCAGGAAGUGGUGGCGCAAAAGGUGCGCCUAGCGCAGGAGAAAUUCGCUUAACAACUAAAGUUAAGACUUCCCCCUUUUCAUCUUCUGAAGCAUCCUGAAGCUGCCCUAUUAUGGGGGGAAAGAAGCAUCAGAAUACAUCGCAGGAUGUUGGAUAUUAAGGGUGAGCUCUAAUAAAGCAGCGAGUAAUGUCCUCUGGCGUGCGAGAAUGAACCGCGUGUUGGCCGAGAACAACCAGCUGGUCCGUCGCGUGUCCGAACUAGAAGUCACUCGAGAAAAGUUAGAGUUACAGACGCACGCGCUGCAGCAAGAAACGAAGCAGACACAAGCAGCUUUGUCGCUGAAAUUGCGAGGAAAUCAUGUCCAUGGUGCGGCUGGCGGCGCGACUGGUUCAUCUAUUGCAGUAAACACGAGUUCGCUGAUGCACGCGGGUGCGGCAAGUGCCAACGCUAUCUCAAGCAUACCAAAUCAUCUUCAACAGCAUCAAGGAACAGACCACUCAGCGUCAACAUCCUCUUUUUUGGCGCCUUCUGGUGGAGGUGGCAUUUCUUCCGGGAAUUAUCCUGCGGGUCUGGGCUCGUCAGCGUCCGCCUCUUCCUUCUACCCACCCGCAGGAGGAAGUGGCCAAAGUACAAACGACAACUAUAUGUUUUGCUUGUUGUAGUUUUCGGACAAAGCAUUUUCGAUAUCUUCUUUGAUUCUAUUUUUCUGGACAAAUUUACUACAACGGGUUAUAUUUCUUUUGUUCUCGUCGACACUGAUCUAGUCCCUUCAUCAGAAUCGAAAGUCAGUCCGACUACCUCUAAUUGUAGAUCAGCUCGUCACCUACAUUAUUACACUCAAUUCGUCAGGACCAGAUGGAAAAAAAGUGUACAGUUUCUCAACGAAUGCCGCUAUCCGUUUUCCGAAUUAUCGGCCGACUCCGCGACACGGAUCAAGUACUUUUAGUAACUAUUUCAUUUAUUCUAAUUGUUAGCACGACCAUUUAUUAGAAACACGCCUAAGAAUACAUGGUAGUGAGUGAUGAAAACUAAUACUUGGUGGCUCAGGUAAAGGUAUUCUGUUUCAUAUGAACCCUAAAUAACAGGUGUGACGCCUCCUCCAGUAGGGCAGACAACGAGCAUCGAAGAGAGGUUCGAUCCUGGAAGUAUCCAUCGAGGCCCUACGUCGUUUGCUCCGCAGGGACCAACGAGAAAAGAGCAACCAAAAAUGCGCAAGCGACCGGGUGGCCCACUCUAUCAGACGGUUGGUCGAUAACGAUUAUAAUGUUAAUGAUCGUAGGGUGAUCGAUGUUCUUCCGGUGCUACUGCAAAACUUCUGGCAAGAUCCGCGCCGAUGCAGAUCGAAGUUCAUUUUUUCCAUCAGCAUGUUUUAGCAGCAUUAUGUCAUUCCAGGAACAAUGGUUCUUGGCUUUUUUCCGCUUAAAUUUAUGAAAAAUGAAACGCAAAAUAACGCAGCAUGCUCCCUUUCCCGGUGUAUUCGUAUUCUAGAGCUUUUUUAGUAGACACGAUAAAGUAGAAUCAGGGUUUGCCAAUUUUUUUGGUGAAAGAUUGGCGGGUGUUUGAAAUGACAAUCUAACGCGACGAUAGGUUUCGCAGCGCGCGCUCCUUGACAACUAGAUUAACGCUAAUACGCAUGAUGUGCAUUAUGUUUACUUUUAAGAAUCAUGAUGUAAGGCUGGGCAUGCUUACAUCAUCAACUUCAAUCAAUCUUGCUCUUGUCAUGGGACAAAGGACGUCGGGCUUUGACAGACAAUGUGUUACUCCCAACGCCAGGAACUUGUCCCACUACGCUGUGGUUGGUAGUGUAAUGACGAUGGGGGUGAACUUUGUUAAUGAAUAGAUUCUGGGCUCACGAUUCGCACUCGCUGUUUAACGCUACGGAAAUCGGCACUAUGAGGAUACCCACUACGCGCUCCCCUAAACAUGCGCUAGACGCUUUCCUAUUUGUUUCACCUGAACGCAAAUGACAACGCAACUCCUGAAGAUGAUUUUUCGGUGUGUGUCGUGCGAGCUGAUGAAAUUUAUUCCCCUAAAAAUUCAGUCUAUCCUGAAGGGAUAAAGUUGCGCUUUGUCGCCAGCUUUCUGGGCCUCCUCUGGCAUUGAUCAAAUGCACUGUUUGCG